UUUCCCUAAAGAGAAGAAAUAGGCCAUGAAUCUUUGGUUGUGCAACUGUUAGAUGGUAGUUGAAGAAGGUAUUGGUGAGUGAGAUUCGAUAGUGAAAGAAAAGAAAAAGAAUGACUAGUGAACUGAAAUAACUACUAAUUAAUGUGGGUAUUUUCAGAAAUCUUCUAUAUGCUUUCAUGCUCUGUACCUUUUGCUUCUCUUAUUUUUCUGUCUUCGUUAAAUUUUAAGGAAGAAGGAAGAGACCCCACUUAUAUAUCUUAUAAGUUUGUCAUGUAUGAUAAUUGAGCAUGGACUUUACAAAAGUGAAAAAUACAAGUGUUCAUACUAAAAAAAGAGAAAAAAAGAGUUAGUUAUUUAUAUAUAGGAAGGAGAGAUUCUUAAUUCCCCAUUAUAGUAAUAUAAACAAAGAGAUGUGUUGGACAUACAAGGGUGGUUUGAUACUUAUAAUUACAGUCGUCAUCCUUUGGGUCAGUUCUGCAGAGGUCACACAGGGUGUGUUCACAGACUAUAAGCAUCCAUUUGCUGUGACAUAUCUGGGAACCUCUCUUUUAGUUAUCUAUCUUCCUGUUGCAUUCAUCAAAAAUUGGCUGAUAAAGUUGUGGAGACAUCGUCCGGAUACAAGUGGCAACAAAGCAGGAACUGCUAAUAGUGCAAGUACUAAUUUUGAGAAUGAACAUCAUGGGCCUUUACCCAGUAAGGAAUGUUCCAUAGAUUUGUCUCCAAAGGAGAGUGAAAAGCCAGUAGUUUCUCAAUGCAACGCCAAAAAUAACAACAAUAAUGUGGAAACUUUGAAAGUAGACAAAAAGCUUAAUGCAAAAGAAACUUCUCUUAUUGGGUUCAGCAUUGCACCUCUCUGGUUUGCCACAGAGUAUCUAACAAAUGCUGCACUUGCAAAAACAAGUGUUGCCAGUACAACAUUAUUGUCUUCAACUUCAUGUCUUUUCACUCUUUUGAUUGGAGCAUUGUUGGGUGAAGAGUCUAUCACUUUUGUCAAAGCAAUCUCUGUUGUUAUCAGCAUGACUGGUGUUGCCCUGACAUUAGUGGGGAAAACAUGGAUUGCUGGUGGAUCACAGUCAAGGGCAUCCAAAGAUCAAAAGCAUUCUCUUAUAGGAGAUCUGUAUGCUGUUCUAUCAGCUUUGACAUAUGGGCUAUUUACAGUUUUACUCAAAAGGUUUGCUGGAGAAGGAGAAAGGGUGGACGUGCAGAAGUUGUUUGGCUAUAUAGGAUUAUUCAUACUUGUCGCGCUUUGGUGGCUUGUGUGGCCUCUCACAGCCAUGGGAAUAGAACCCAGAUUCUCAUUCCCACAAUCAGCUAAAAUGGAAGAGAUUAUUAUUAUCAACGGUUUUGUUGGAAACGUACUAUGUGAUUAUUUCUGGGGAUUGGGUGUGAUAUGGACGAGCCCACUGGUGGCUGCACUAGGAGUUUCCCUUACCAUACCACUAGCCAUGUUGGAGGACAUGGUGAUCCAUGGCCAGCACUAUUCAGCAAUCUAUAUUAUCGGCUCAGCUCAGGUAUUUUUGGGAUUUGUGAUAGCUAAUCUUGCCGACUGUAUUUCCAAAAAGGCUAAGAUGGUAGUUCUUCAUCUUACUAAUGGAUCUCUGCUUACUACUCCCACUACAAUUGCUGGUUGCUUGAACUUUUUCUAAUGGAUGUGAUGAUGAACAUGAACUACCUUGAUGCUCUAUUGGCCUCUUGGUGGCUUCAUGUUUACAAAUUCAAUAUCUUAGUAUACCAAUUACAUUUCAACUGAAAAUACAACAUUCAUAUUACUGUAACAAAAGAAAGAAGAAAAAAAAAACCAUGUAGUUUAGAGUGCUAAGAAGGAUAGCCUAUAUUUUAUAAUGCAGCACACCAGAUGCCAUACUCCUCUGUAACAAUGUUGUGUUUGGUAGUGAUCUCCUAUGUGCAUAAUCUGGGAAAAGAACUUGACCCUGGGGAUUGUUUUUGGCACAAGCAUCAAAUUUUAAAACAGGAGCCAGAUUGAUUUA